CAUUUGACAUUUCACAAAAAUUCACUAUAGGUCUCACAAAAGCAUAGCAAUUUUUGCAGAGCCAAAGGUAACUUUAAAAUGGAGCAAAUGGAUAUGGAAUUGAAAAAAGCAUUCACCGAAAUGCAAAUUAACAAAAUUGAGACCACAAAGAAGAUGAAUAUGAUCGAUAUGAAGUGUGAUAUGGUGAAGACGGGUAAACAGAAGUAUCAAUUAACCGAAAAGGGUACCAGUGAUCUCACAGAUGAUACCAGAGUCUAUCUCUCGGUGGGCCGCAUGUUCGUUUUAACCAGUGUCACAGAUAUGCGCAGCGAUCUGAAAGCUAAACAAGAAAAAUGUGAUAAAGCCAUUGAACUGCUAAGUAAGAAAAAGGAAUUCCUGGUGAAAUCUCUUAAAGAUCAAGAGGAUGGUCUGCGUGAGCUGGUGCAGCAACGUAAAGAAGCCGAAGCAGCCAAAUAAAAAACUAAGUCGCUCACUCACUCACAACUCUUAGCAGUAACCAGCUCCCGCUAAACAUUGUCUCUAACAUUAAUUUUUGCAUUUAGCUUUACAAAACAGGAGAAAAAAAGGAAAUGAACAAAAAUGCAUGUGGUUGAUGGUAUUGCUACCAUCACACUACAUCCCAUGAAAUCAAUGAAUGAAUGAAACGAUAACUUGUUGAACACACAAAUAUCUAAAUUAAAUUAUUUAACAUCAGAUAUAAAAGUAAGAUAUUAAAAACAUAAAAAAUCGUUCAAGUUUUUU